AUGUAAUUUAUUUCAAAGUUGACAUCUUACUUUGUUGCAAUAGGGACGAAUACUGAGAGAAGAACGAAAAAUAUUGACUAUGGUAACAUGGCGAAGAUUUUAUAUUAUUUCAUUUAACUAAUUGGAUAUAUUUAUAGCCAGUUUGAACGCAAGGCAAUAUAAUAUUAUGAAAAUGACUUUUUAGCUUAAGUAAGUUAAUAAUCGUCGAUUCCAUUUAUGCUUAUAAUCAUUCAUUAUGAUCCCUUGACAAUUUUUGUCUACUUCUGCGUAUUUAUUGUGAUGCUGGGCACAUUUUUAAUUGCAUUAUUUCAAAUCAUUUUAAAAUCUCUGCCGUCAUCAUCACCUAUUAAUAGAUUUGUUAAAUUUUAUUUUUAGAAUUUUUAAUGGUUUUUCUUGACUCCUUUUAAUGAAUGCAUGAUAGGUAUUAUUACCUGCGGAAAAUAAUCAUAUUUAAUAUAGCAUUCAGAAAUAGAACCAUCAGAAUGUUUAUUUUAAAUAUCUCCGAAUUAUGUAGUAAUUAGCUUCCUUGGUGUUAUUUUGGUAUCUAUAUCAGGAAUAGUGUCUGUUUUUUAUUUUAGAAACUAUGAUUUUUUGUAAGCAGGAUUAUUAAGAAAGUUUUCUCAUAUCAAUUUUAUAACUAUAUUCUUACACUAACUCUUAAUUAUUUUAUCGUUUUGGAAGUAAAUGUAUCAAAAUGAAUAUUUAAUAAUCUAUUCAUGUUACUUCUUAAUAAUGUUUUGUUUGUUGUUUGAUGUUUUUACAUAAUUGCCCUUUGGAUUCACUACUGAAACAAUAUUUUAUUCAUAGAUUUUAAUAACUUCAAUCUUUUUUGGAAUAUUGAUAUCAUAUUGGAUGUUUUCAGAUUCAGACGAUGGCAUUAUUUUCUUAACUAGCUGCAUAAUGAUUCCGUUAAUAUUUACUUUGAGUUAGGCUUAUUUUUAACAUCAAUUUGAUGAGGAGAGUUUGAGAUUUUGUUCAAAUGCUGGACAAACUAUGAGUGAGUUUACGUUGGAGUAUUUUGUGUUAAUAUCUCAUCCUAUUACUAUGACAAAGCAAAGUUAUUUUCAAUUCAUUAGAUAUUUAAAUGUUCAUUGCUAGACUUGUAAUGACAUCCAUUGUCCUUGUAAAAAGUAAUUGAAAACCUUUAUAUCAUCAAAUUAAACUUUAGAUUGUGAGCCUCUUUAUGUUUGGGUGCAAUAUCAAUUUUAGAAAUUAAUAGCAAUUUCCAUGAAUAAGGAAUUGCCUGUUGCAAUUUUUGAGCAAUUAACAAUUAAGUUUGUCACAUUCUUAAAGAAAUAUCGUAGUAAUUAAUACUUGUCUUUUAAAAACAUCUAGGAUGUUGUCAUUAGUUAUAAAAAGUAAUAGAAGAAUUCCUCUAGUUCCUUAUAAUUUUUCAUUCAUUUGACAAGAUAAAUCUAAUUAGAUAGUAAAUUAGACAUAGAAUAAUAAAAUCGAAAUCAACAUUUACUUAGUAAAAAUGAAUUUAAGUCCUUAAUUGAUUUAAAUUUAUUUUUUUUUUAUGAAAUUCAGUAUAUGCAAAACAUUAUGAUGGCUCUUAAUUUAUAAAAAGAAUUGUGGAUUUGUUACAUUAAUGGAAACAUAAAAAAUUACGAUGACUUUAUGGUUUAAUUAAAAAAGAUAUAAUUUCAGCUUUCUUUAGUGUAAUAAGAUAUUAAUUAUUUUAUUUCCUAAAGAGAGGAUCGAAAAUACGAAAACAUUUUAAUUAUAAGAUUGUAACUAUUAAUUUCAAUUGUUUGUUUAGAUGAUCUAAAUAAAUAACUGGUCCUUGCUAAGAAACUAUAGAUUAUGGAAUAAAAAUAACUAGCUUAAUCAUCCCAUCAAUUUCAUAUUUUAAAUUAUGUAAGUGGCUAAGCUAUAACUAUACAAUAAUUAGUUUCAUUUGAGGACUUUGAUAUCAAAAAUAUUUCCAUUAAAGAUAGUUAUAAAAAGUUUUUUGGAUACGAACAUCCAGAUGAAUCACCUAAAUUAAAUGAUUUGAUUCCUUACAACAUUAGAUCAAUCCAUAAAGGAUUAAUUGAUAAUUUUUUGUUUCUUGGUCGUAGUACUAAAAUGUAUUCUAGCCAAGAUACUUUCAUAGUAAACAAAAAUUAAUUUAUUGAGAAAGUGUCAAUGAGUUUGACAGUCUUAUUUCCAAUUUAAGGUAGUGAUUACUAUUUUUAUGUAUUUGCACAUUUAUUAAAGAAAUCAGGGUUUCAAAAAAAUAGCUAAACAAUGAAUGAGGAGGGAUAUAUGUUAAUUGAUAAGAAUUUCAAUAUUUUUGGUAUGAGCCAAAGUAUUUAAAACAAAAUAAACUAAUUGACAAAUAGUGAAAUCAAAUUUUGCUAAAUAUAUGAUAAUUUGUCAAUAUUUCACAUUCUUCCAGAACUCAUAGGAAAAUUACAGGAGCAUUUCACUGACAAGUAAAUAAGAAACAUUAGAUUAUAAGAUGAAGAAGUAAUAAUUCAUAAACAUACUAUGAAUUUUAUUCUCCCUAAUUAGGAUAUCUUAAUGCAAGCAUCAAAUCAAAAAGUCAAAGGUGCAAUGGAUUUCGAUAUUAAAAAUAGACAUUUAUUAAAUGAUCUGAUAAAAUUUGAGAAACAGUUUGCUUUAUCUUAGAACACAUCUUAUUCAUUUCAAGUAGAACUUACAUUGAUUUCCAAAAUAUUGUAUCCUUAAAUUAAUAGUAUAUAAAAAGAUUUCUUAUACUUUAUAGUCGAUCUUCAAUUUGAGUUUGAUUAAAAACCAAGUAAAUGCACUUUUUAGAGACUUCCGUCUGAUUCAGAUGAUAAUCUGUAAAAGCAUAAUUCGCAUUAGAAGAUCCAUAAUUAAACAUAAAAUUAAUCUUAAAUAGCAAUUUAAUCAUUUGAAACUGAGAAUAGGGAGUUUCUUAACCAUAAAUAAAUUAGAGGUUCUUCUACGACAUCAGAAAAGAGAAGUAGUAAUAAUCUUAAUUUCUAAAUUACUUUUCUUCGAUCAGUAAUGACUAAUUCUAAAUUGCCAUUUCAAAUGUCAAAUUUAGAAUGCUUUUUUUCAUUUCAAGUCCUAUUAGUAGUAGGUAUAAUAAUUGCACUAUUCAUGCUGUUUGAAAGAAAAUCUUCAAUGUAAUCAAAUUGCAUUUAGAUUAUCACUUUAGAUUUAGAUUUUCUUGAUGCAUACUCUUAAAUAAUGAGUGGAUCCAGACAUGUAAUAUAUUAUAAAGAUUUUUAUUCGUUGAUAAAUGACACUGCUUUAUCUAUUGAUGAUAAAGUCUUAAAUUUUAGCAAAUAUAAUAAACUAUAUACAUCUUGGAAUCACUUAAAUCUCGGGUUGAAUAGAUUAAUAAACAUUUAUGAACACAAUAGCAAAGUCUUUUAAUAAAACUCUGAAGAUUCAUUAAAUAUCUACAUUAUAAAUGCAAAUCUGCAGGACAAAAUAGCUUAAUCAGUCUCUGAACUAACCACUUAUUUUUAAAUAAUGUUUUAAAUAUUCUAUUUAUCCCAACAAACUUAAAGUCAAAAUAUAUCCAAUUAUUUAUCAGAUUCGUUAGACCCCUACUAAAUCUAAAUCAGUAGGUCUUUGGUUCAUUAUAAUUAUUUUGAAGUUGUUAAAAUUUUCCAAAUGAAAAUUGAUGAUUGCAAAAGCUACAAUGAUUAUAUAAACUAAUAUUUGGAUUCCCUUUCUAAUUAUUUGUUUUUUGGCUUCUACAUUAUGGCUAUUUUGAUUGCCCUCUCGUAGAUGAUUUACAAUCAUAGAGUAAAUAAAUAGAUCAAGUUCAAUUUUGAUAUAUUUGUUAAAUGCGAUUCUCUAGAUGGGAAUCUGUUUAUUAGAAAAAAUGAUUAGUUAAGACAUAUUUUAACCAGAUAAUCUUUUGUAUUAAGUAAAUAGAGCUUUUAGAAACUUUAAGAAAAACCUUUCGUGGAAUAUGAACAAAUAAAAUUUUCGAAUCAAAAUUAAUAGUAAGCCAUAGUAAAGACUUUCAAUUCAUAGGAUAAACACAUAGUAAUACGGAAUCAUCUUUCAAAGUUGAAUUAAAUACUCACAUUGAGUUUCAUUUGUCUCAUAGGACUAUGUUAUGCUAUGGGGUUUCAAAUUUAUUACAAUUUCAUUUCACAGAAUGUACACCCUUUUAACGAAGAAGCCAUAGAUUCUUAAUAGCUACGAUUAAUUUCAAUUACAACAAUUAACAAAUAUGAUUAAUACCUAGUCAAGACUGUCUUUGAGUCAUAUUAUAAUUUAGCACUAAAUGAUUCUUCAUUUACGAUAACUCCAAAUCAAUAAUCUGAUUAUUAGAUACUAAGUCAAUUAGAAUUUAAUAGCACUCUUCUAAAUUAGGAAAUCAACUAAUUUUAACACUUGAAUUUUACAAAUUUUCUAUUUAAUUCGAAAACCUUUAAUGCCAUAAAUGAAAAUGAAUAAACUGAAAUUUUAUCACAUGACACUUGUAUUUUAACUGGAUGUGAUAUGUAUUCAGAGUUAUUUAAACAGAGAAUGUUUAAUGAAGUUUUGAAUCCAUACUUCUAUUAAGGAAUAGUUGACUUACACUACAUACUGUCUUAGAUAUAUUAUGAAAUUGAUAUUAGUUUAUAAUAUCCUGAGACCAAUUUAGAGAGAUUUCAGAAAAUUCAAAAUUUCUUUGAAGAACAUAAUUAUAUGAUUUACAUACUAUGGGGACUUGAUGCAAUCUAAUAUUAGAUAGCCUAAUUUUGCUAAUAUUUUGUGAAUGUGUCUUCGGAUGCAAUAUCCAAUUUAACCCUAAAUUCCUAGUAGAAUAUCAUUAUUAUUGGCCUCUUAACAAUAUUUGCAAUAAUAGUGUUAUAAUUGCUAUUCAUUUAUUACUAAAUUCAAAGAUAUCACUUAUCGAAGUCCCUUUUGAAGUUAAUUCCUCUCGAGAUCAUUUUCAAGAAGAAUAUUUAUAAAUUAUUGGUGCUUCAUGAAAAAAGAAGUCGAUGGGAUUUAGCUCUUUAAUUUUGA